CGCGACCCUAUCGUCACCAGAAGCAGAGCGGUUAACCGACGAACAACCAAUAUGGCGGCCAACGUGCAAAUUCCGGCUCCGCAACAAAAUGCUAACCAACCUGCCCCACGUGCACGAGCUCCCAUGUUGCCACCAGAUCUCUAUCUAUUUGAUCCGGCGCACCAUCUCGUAGGAGCAUGGUUGGCCACGCUUAGAGCACAGCAGUACGAUGAUCACGAAGCACAGAUCAACAUUCCGGCUCGAAUGGGAGGAGACGCUCAUCAUUGGUACAAUACCUAUGUAUGGGUGGAUCUUCCGACCUUCGAACGGGAUUUCAUGAACCGAUUUGAUUAUGUUCACCCUGAACAGGCAUUGUACAUGAUCAAGGACCGAGUGCAAAAACCGCUCGAAUCCGUUGCGGAAUAUCGAAACCGGUUCUACAGGAUGUUCGUAAAAACUGAGCGAGGUGAGCAAGUAGGGAGAGAUCUGUUCAUUGACGGACUCCGCAGUCGAACAAUAAGGACUAAGUUGCGAAAGCAGUUUUCCCCCAUCACUCGUACGCUACAGCAAAUUAUGGCUGCCGCGGAAGAAAUGGAACGGAAGUUCGUCGCGAACUUCCUGGAAGGAGAAGACUACCCUAGAGACGGAGAUUUGACCGAGCUCGUACGAGCAAGAGCAGAACUGAGUGCUUUGCAGAACAAAUUUGAAAACAUGGGAUUUUGGGUUCGGUGUCCGAUGGGGAUUUGCAAUGCGCCUGCCACGUUUCAGCGAGCGAUGAACAUGACGUUCCAGAACUUCGUCAACAAGACACGGCUAACGCAGGGAAUGAUUAACUUUUGCGUGAUCGUGUACAUGGACGACAUCCUGGUCUAUUCGGAGAUCUAUCACGGACACGCGCAACACAUCGAAUGGACAUCGAGUGCAUUAAGAGACGCUGGGUUCAAGAUUGCGCUUGUUAAGAGCGAAUUUUUCCUCUCGGAAAUUUCGUUCUUAAGCUAUAUCGUGACACGUGGAGGAUUGCGGCCAGACUCGAGAAAAGUCGCGGCGGUGAAGGAAGCUCCGGUUCCCACGUCACUGACGCAGGCCUGGCGCACCAACGUGGAGGGAGAACUCCUCGUGUUCUUAUUCGGGACAGUACGGCCCGGUCAUCAGGAACUAAUCACGCAAGAGCUCACGAUCCCGGUAGCGCAGCUGGCGGACGAUCUCCCUCUUGACGUCAUCUCGCAAGACGACGAGCAUCCAGUUCCCCAUGUUCUUUCUCGCACCUUGACACCUCAUCUUCAGUGGUCGGCUUGCGUAGAAGGAGUCGCGGAACAAAUCCCGCCGUCGCAUCGACAACAUUUGGAUCCCCGGGCGAUUCGCGACCCUGCCUUCUUCAGGCAGCCUACGGCGGAACAGUUUGCUGCCUUUCGGGAAGAAGAGGAGGAGGAGGAGAGUACCGAGAGCGACAAAAACGGAGGCGGGCUGGAAGAAAGCGGAGGUAGCGAAGAAGUAUCCGGAGAAAACGAAAACCCCGAAGAAGGAAGUUAUAGCGAGCACAGUGAGGGGGAACAAAGCGAAGAAAAAGAAGAGGACGAGGAGGAAGAUGAAGGGCACGAAGAAGAAUCUGCCGGAUCAGAGUGGGAAGCCGUGCCGGAAGAAGCGCUGCGCACAGGUACAGAAGCAGAGGACCCCGAGGCAGCCCGUAAAAGAGAGGAGAUCGCGGCCAGGAAGACGGAGUUAGAACUCGCAGGCGCGGCGAGUCUGCAGAUCUGCGACGACCCGAACCGAGAUCCGGAGCCGCCCCAACCUGAAGAUGGCAACAUCGAGGCCACGACUCCGGCCCCAUCGGCACGGCGAUGAAGCCGAUCCCCUUCCUCCCCAACCCGUCCCCCAGUUCGCAGACGUACCGAUACGGGCGAUCGGCCUUUGUCCCCGAU